CUUGUCCUCAAAGUCUUCCUUUCUUCUCCAUCUCCUCCAUUUCACACAGAAUCCAAAGCUCAUUCCUCUCUCUGAGACCAUUUGAUCACAACUCAAAUGGAGGAUCCAAUCCCUUACAAAAAACUCCAUUCCCCAAAUCCAGGGCUGAAUGCCUCUGCAACUCAAACAAACCCCAUUUCACAAGGUACGUCUUACCUUCAGUUUCUGUUUAAAGCUCUCUUCUUUGUGAUCUUGGUCGUGGUUCUGCCUAUGUUUCCUUCACAACCUCCUGAGUUUGUCAGCGAUACGAUAUUCGACAAGUUCUGGGAGCUCAUUCAUCUUCUUUUCAUUGGAAUUGCUGUGUCUUAUGGAUUGUUUAGUAGAAGGAAUGUAGAAAUGGGGGUUGAGAAUUACUCUAAUGUUGAGAAUUUAGAGUCUUAUAUGCCCAGGAUGUUUGAUGGGUGUGAGAAUCCAUGUGGGUCUGGUGAGAAGAGAGUUGUUGAGAGUUGGAAGUCUCAGAAUUUUGUGGGUGAUAAUAAAAGUAGUGUUUAUUUUGAUGCACAAUGCAAACCCAGAUUGUUGAAUUAUGAUAAUGGUAUUGAAAAUCCAUAUGGGUUUAAGAAUAAGAAUGUUGCUCAAGCUUGGAAUUCUCAGUACUUUCAGGGUGAGUCUAUGGUUUUUGUAGCUCAACCAGAUUAUGUUGUUGAUGAGUUUGUGAAACCCAAAUCAGUGUUUGAUGAUAAGCCAUUAGGGUUGCCUAUUCGGAGUUUGAAAUCGAAGGUUAGAAACCAGGAUAAGAGUGACUUUGUUAAAGAGAGUGAGUCUAGUUUUGGUUCAAAUGUUGCUGCAUCUGGUAGAUCUGAUUGGAAUAGGAAUAGGAACUAUGGUGAUUUGGCUCCUAUAAAUCUACUAGAGAAAUUCAAUCAAGCUAUGGCAUCGCCUUCGCCAAUUCUACAGCGUUCGAGUUCUCGAAAGAUGGAAAGGGGAAAGAGAGUGGGUAGUGCUACUCGUCCUUCACAUUUUAGGCCACUGUCAGUUGAUGAAGCUCAGUUUGAGUCUCUGAAAGCUCGGUCCUUCCGGUCCACAUUGUCUUUCUCAUCUGAUACUGCUAGCUCCAAAUCUUCUUCACCAGAAAAGGAGUACUCUUCUCUUAAUUCUUCAACUUCUGAGGUACUGAACUCAGAAACGGUUCAUUUGGGGAAAAGGAAGAAGAGCUCCCGAGCGUCUUCUCCUUCAGGUUUACCAUUAGAACCAACUCCAAUGAAUGACAAGGUUUCAAUUACUGGAUGGCAUUCGAGGGGCCAUAGUAUUGGUGCUGUCUAUGGGGAGGUUUUGAAGAAAAGCUCAGAUAACUACUUGAAGAAAGAACUGAGUGGGAGUCCAAGUGCUCGGGAUCAAUGUGAUUCAGGUAAGAAAGAGGGGAUGGGGUCUUUCAACUCGGAAAAGAAGCCUGCAAGCCUCAGCAAAUCUUCAUCAAGAGGAAAAUCAGUCAGAACGAUCAGAGGUAGUAGACUGACCACUCAUGACAAGGUGGAAAACAAUCUAAAGAUGUUUGAUAGUGAUGAAGCUAUGAGAAAAGAGAAAAUGCAAAAUGGAGGAGUGAAUAAGCAGUGUAACAUGCCAAAGCCAGCUUCUCCCAAGUACCAGAAGGAACAAAUGCAAGACUUCUUUGACUAUGUCGAUGUCCGGUCUGAAGAAGAAUCGGAAAGUGAGUCUGAAAACUUUGAAGUGAGCUUGGAAGAAAGAGUGGAGGCUGCUGCUGCUGCCGCCUUUUGCAACUCUGUCAAUGUUGUAGCAGGGGCAGAUUCUGAGGUUGAUAAGAAGGCUGGUGAGUUUAUAGCAAAAUUUCGACAGCAGAUUAGGCUUCAGAAAGUUGCAUCGAUUGACAGAUCAAGAGGGCUCAGCCUUACUGAAAAUCGCUUCAGGUGAAAUGAUCAUACACAUCUAAUGAUCGAUGCUGGACAAUUACCAUUUCUUUCAUCUUGUUUUCCCUUAAAUUAACUGCUCUAUUUAUCUACACUUGUAUACCAUUAGGUUUAAAUGUUUAAUGCCUUUAUACCAGGCUGAGAAUUGGGAGGACUUGUCAUGGAACUAUUAUUUCAGUCCCAUCAAUCAUGGUGCUGCAGUAGCAUCCAUUUUUCUUAAGAGAAAAAUUGGAGAUAGCGUUAUC